GCUGGGCUUGGAGAGCUUCAGGUGUGGUUGGAAGAAGUACCAUCCAGGUGGAUCGUACUUAUUUUAGUUCUACUGAGCUGUGAUCUCAGUGAUACUGACACAGAAGGAGCUUUGCCUCAGGAUCAGAGCAAAAAUAUAAACUCAAGAAAUUUCAGGACAGAAGCAGCCUCCGCCAGUCAAGUCCUCAGAAGUACUUUGCCAUGGACGUAGACGAUGAAGAGAACAUGAGUUCCAGCAGCACUGAUGUUAAGGAAAACCGCAAUCGGGACAACGUGCCCCCCAGGGACAGCAGUGCACCCGGUCCUGGCGAGGGCACACAGCUCUCCAACGGGGGUGGCGGCAGCACCAGCCGGAAGCGGUCCCUGGAGGAGGGCAGCAAUGGCCACUCCAAGUACCGCCUGAAGAAGCGGAGGAAAACUCCUGGGCCUGUGCUGCCCAAGAACGCCUUGAUGCAGCUGAAUGAGAUCAAGCCUGGCUUACAGUACAUGCUGCUGUCUCAGACGGGGCCUGUGCACGCCCCGCUGUUUGUCAUGUCUGUGGAGGUGAAUGGCCAGGUGUUUGAGGGGUCUGGCCCCACAAAGAAGAAGGCAAAACUCCACGCUGCCGAGAAGGCCUUGAGGUCUUUUGUUCAGUUUCCCAAUGCCUCCGAGGCCCACCUGGCCAUGGGCAGAACCCUGACUGUGAAUGCCGACUUCACGUCUGACCAGGCUGACUUCCCCGACACGCUCUUCAACGGCUUUGAGACACCGGACAAGUCGGAGCCGCCCUUCUAUGUGGGUUCCAACGGAGACGACUCUUUCAGCUCCAGCGGGGACCUCAGCCUGUCGGCGUCCCCAGUGCCUGCCAGCCUCGCCCAGCCCCCCCUGCCCAUCCCCCCUCCGUUCCCACCCCCGAGUGGGAAGAACCCCGUGAUGAUCUUGAAUGAGCUGCGCCCAGGGCUCAAAUAUGACUUCCUCUCCGAGAGCGGGGAGAGCCACGCCAAGAGCUUCGUCAUGUCUGUGGUCGUGGACGGUCAGUUCUUUGAAGGCUCUGGGAGAAACAAGAAGCUCGCCAAGGCCCGGGCUGCCCAGUCUGCCCUGGCCACUAUCUUCAAUAUGCACUUGGACCAAACACCGUCUCGACAGCCUGUCCCCAGCGAAGGGCUCCAGUUGCACUUGCCGCAGGUGUUGGCAGACGCUGUCUCACGCCUGGUUCUGGGUAAGUUUGGAGACCUGACGGAAAACUUCUCCUCGCCUCAUGCACGCAGGAAAGUGCUUGCUGGAGUGGUCAUGACCACAGGCACAGACGUCAAAGACGCCAGAGUGAUAAGUGUUUCAACAGGGACAAAGUGCAUCAACGGUGAAUACAUGAGUGACCGUGGCCUCGCGCUGAAUGACUGCCAUGCAGAGAUAAUCUCCCGGCGGUCCCUGCUCAGGUUCCUCUAUGCACAACUUGACCUUUACUUAAAUAGCAAGGAUGAUCAGAAAAGGUCCAUCUUUCAGAAGUCGGAGCGAGGUGGAUUGCGCCUGAAGGACACCGUGCAGUUCCAUCUGUACAUCAGCACGUCACCCUGCGGGGAUGCCAGAAUCUUCUCUCCCCACGAGCCAGUGCUAGAGGAGCCAGCAGACAGACAUCCAAAUCGUAAAGCAAGGGGACAACUACGGACCAAAAUUGAGUCUGGAGAGGGGACAAUCCCUGUGCGCUCCAACGCCAGCAUCCAGACCUGGGAUGGGGUGCUGCAGGGUGAAAGGCUGCUCACCAUGUCCUGUAGUGACAAGAUAGCUCGCUGGAACGUGGUGGGCAUCCAGGGGUCGCUGCUCAGCAUCUUCGUGGAACCCAUCUACUUCUCCAGCAUCAUCCUGGGCAGCCUGUACCACGGGGACCACCUCUCCAGGGCCAUGUACCAGCGGAUCUCCAACAUUGAGGACCUGCCCCCUCUCUACACUCUCAACAAGCCCCUGCUCAGCGGCAUCAGCAAUGCCGAGGCUCGGCAGCCAGGGAAGGCGCCUAACUUCAGCGUCAACUGGACCGUGGGUGACUCCGCCCUCGAGGUCAUCAACGCCACAACUGGGAAGGACGAGCUGGGCCGGCCGUCACGCCUGUGUAAGCACGCGUUGUACUGUCGCUGGAUGCGUGUGCACGGCAAGGUCCCCCCAUACUUGCUCCGCACCAAGAUCCUGAAGCCCACCACCUACCACGAGUCAAAGCUGGCGGCAAAGGAGUACCAGGCUGCCAAAGCACGCUUGCUUACGGCCUUCAUCAAAGCGGGGCUGGGCGCCUGGGUGGAGAAGCCCACGGAACAGGACCAGUUCUCUCUCACACCCUGAGCAGGGCAGGCGCAGAGUACAGGGCGGGCACAGGGGACUGCAGCACCGGGCAUGCUCCCCAGAGCCCCACAG